GAAGCCAUUGAGACAAAGAACAUUUUCUGUCUGCUGCUAAAAUUGGAGUCCAUAAAAUAUUUUGUGCCCCUCUUGUGUAAAGACUUCAUUAUACCCUAUUAUCGCAUAACUGGGAUAAGCUGCAAAAGGUUAUAUUAGAGUUUUUAUCUAAAGCAAACUUUUAAACCUUGAUAUAGGUUUUUUAAAUAGCUCUUUUAUACUGUUUCAGUUUGUUACUUGUUACAUGAAUAGACAGGGAAGCUAGCAUGGCAUUAAGACAUCAGCCAACCAACUCUGAUGUGAAGCGAUGAAAUUUUGUUUUUAUGUGACAGUUUAGAGGAAGGUUUAUCUGAGAUUAUACCACAAUGAUAUAUAUUUGUAAAAAAAAAAAAAAAUCCAUAGCAGUCUCUUCAAACAAUUGUACAGAAACACAUGGAAAUGUCACAGAAUAUGUGUGGAGGCGCUUAGUACAGUGCAGAAAAGAAGUAUACACUAUUUCGUAGAAUAUAAAUUUUUGUGCAAUAUGUAUCAGUCAUAUAUUGUGGAAAUGCCAUCUAAAGCUGCCACUAGAAAUACUUAUUAUGCCAUUUGUCGCUAUUCUUUAUCCUUGGUGGUUCAUAUUAUAAAGUACAAUCAUGAAUUUUGUGAAUUAAUACAUAUGUACUGUUUUCACUCCAAGCAAAUAUGUUUUGUGGGACAAAAAAAACCCGACUGCUUGGAGGAUGAGAUUAUAAAAAUAGUUGGUAUUUAAGGCAUUUAAUGUACCUUUAACCUUUCUGGUGAAAAUAUUUGGCCUUUUCCAGGUACAGACAGAGAUUUGCAUGUUAUUAAUUUGAAGGCUUCUACUGCGCGCUCCGUGCACCUGUCCUCCCAAACGGGUCAUGUCACCGCUCCGUGGAGGUGGUCCGAUUUAGGGGGCUUUUGAUGCAGUGAUACCCAAAGCAAAGACACGGGGGCGUUGACGUUCUCUCCAGUCCCAUAAACAAACGCUUUUGUUGGUCGGCAGCAGGUACCUGAGCGGAAGACAUGGCGUAAUCGUUCGAUUGCGAGGCAACGUCUACCUAAGAAAAUCGCCGCGAGGCGCGCGCCGCUCCACAGAGAUCAUAGCGCAAGCUCGGUUGCGUCUGACGUAGAGAGGUUUCUUGGAAGAAAACAUAGCUGGACCACUCACAUGAUACUGACACACUAUAUAGGAUUGGAUAUAGAACCAAUAGAAUGACUUCACUGGUAUUUUCUGCCCGUUUUCGACCGAUGGGACUCGAUGAGCAUGGAAUAGUAACAGCGCGCUGGUGAGGAUGCGGCUCGCGGGAUUAAGCUGACACAAAAGAGCGUUCACACCGUGUUUAAUUGCGGAUUAAAGGAGGGCAUCAGCCUUGCACAACAAGGAGACGCUUCUUUAUUAGAGGGGAGCCAGACGCGCGGCGGGUAACAUUGACAGCGUCGCUCGGAUGGUGGUUCCGUGGACCGCGCGACUAUGUCACUGCAGUGCUGGGUGAUUGUUCUGGUUGGGCUAAUGUCGUACUUCAACCCGGAGAGAGCACUGGGAGCCCCGCAGAAGGAAGUCUCUCUGUCCCGGGACGGCUCUCUCUCUCCUCCCCCUUAUGUGAUUAUUCUCAUCUCCUGCUCUGGGCUGGUCUCUUUUGUUCUGUUGCUUCUCACCUGCCUUUGCUGUAAGAGAGGAGGUGUGGGUUUCAAUGAGUUUGAUAAUGCUGAAGGGGAAGAAUGCUCUGGGGCAUCCAGCCCUGUUCCUGAGGACAGUUUGUCCUCCUGUCCAUCACUACCGGAGGUCUACACUCUUCCACUGCGGGAUAAGAACUGCCACAUUCUACCGAAUGGCACAGACAGCUCCCAAUGUUUCCGAAGGCACACUCUCAACUACCUGCAAGAGAUUGGAAAUGGCUGGUUUGGGAAGGUGAUAUUGGCUGAAGUGCUGUGUGACUGCAGCUCCUAUCAGGCUGUGGUGAAGGAGCUGAGGGUCAGUGCUAGUCCUCUGGAGCAGAGGAAGUUCUUGGCAGAGUCCGAGCCAUACAGAAGCCUUCAGCAUCCGAAUAUUCUCCAAUGUUUGGGCCAAUGCAGUGAGAGCGUUCCUUUCCUCCUGGUCAUGGAGUUUUGUCAACUGGGUGACCUGAAGAGGUAUUUAAGAGCUCAGAGGAAGUCUGAUGGGAUGACCCCUGACCUGUUAAACAGAGACCUCUUGACCUUACAACGAAUGGCAUAUGAGAUCACCUCAGGUCUCUUGCAUCUCCAUGAGAACAAUUACAUUCACAGUGAUUUGGCACUGAGGAACUGCCUCCUCACUUCAGAUCUUACUGUUCGGAUUGGAGACUAUGGCCUCUCGCAUAAUCAAUAUAAGGAGGAUUACUAUCUAACGCCAGACAAACUGUGGAUACCUCUUCGCUGGAUUGCCCCUGAACUUCUAGAGGAGUUUCGCGGGAAUCUGAUUGUCACUGAUCAAACCAAAACCAGCAAUGUGUGGUCUCUGGGUGUUGUGAUAUGGGAGCUGUUUGAAUUUGGGGCUCAGCCCCACAGACACCUGAGCGAUGAAGAGGUUCUCACCUUUGUUAUCAGGGAACGACAGAUCACUCUGGCUCAACCUCGCCUCAAACUCGGUCAUGCAGACUAUUGGUACGAGGUCAUGCAGUCUUGCUGGCUACCCCCAUCCCAGCGGCCAACGGUCAACAAAGUCUUCCUCCUACUCUCCUCUCUCCUUGCCGCAGAACAAGGAAGUCGUAAGAGUGCUAGAAGGGAUGACGAUGAGGAGGAUUAUGAGGAAGACAGUGGAGAAGGAAGGAGAGGAGAGAGUGAUGAGUCGUUUGAAAGACGAUGGGAUGCCCUCCGGCCCCCAGCUUUUCAGUCAGCUGCUCACAAACUUCUGAGGGAGAGAGAGUAUGGGAGGGAGGAUGGCUGCCUCAGAGAAAACGGAAACUCCUUUCCACUUUUGGACCCUGUGGACAAUAUGAUCUCUCCUACAUCUGAGCUAGAUGACAUUCUUACUGUAACAGAGACCAGCAAAGGGUUAAACUUUGAAUACUUCUGGGAAAGGGCCCAUGCAGGAGAGGGUACAAACCACUUCCUCCUCCUCAACCAAUACCGACACCCAAUUCUGGCCACAGGCAAACCUUGGACACACCGACCGUCGUCCCCGUGA